UUUUGCGUUGCGCCCACACAUGUCAUGCGAUCCAACAUGUCCCGCGUCUGCUACGAACGGUAAAAAAUCAAAAUAUUUUCAGAGAACGCUCCGAGGUUGUUUCAGGCUCCCUCCCAUGGCGCAAACACAUGAACACACUAAAUGCUCGCGACGCGAACGCGAGGCUCCUCUUCCCGCUAUAAAUACUCCUCACAGAUCGCACUCGCUUCUCCAAGAAAUCCACACGAAAAAAAAAACAAGAUAAAGCCUUGCAGUUUCUGAAUUCUGAUCAGAGAGUGGCAAUGGCAAUGCAGGUUUCGAAGAAGUCGCGUUUGGCUGCGCCGAGCGCUCUGCUUCUCCUUCUUGUGGUGGCCGCUCUGCUGCCGCCGCCGCGCGCAGAAGCGGGGCACGAUGGCGCCGGCGGCGACGACGAACCGCCUCCGACGCCGUGCUCGCCGGCCGACCGCGCCGCGCUGCUCGGUUUCAAGGCCGGGGUCACCGUCGACACGACGGGGAUCCUCGCGACGUGGGACGGCGGGAACGACUGCUGCGGCGCGUGGGAGGGCGUGUCGUGCGACGCCGCCACGGGGAGGGUCGUCGCGCUGCAGCUGGAGGCGCCGCCGCUGCCGCCGCCGCGGCGGAGCUACAUGGAGGGCGCCCUGUCCGCCUCGCUCGGCGGGCUCGAGUUCCUGGAGACGCUGGUGAUCCGCGACAUGGCGCGGAUCGGCGGCGCCAUCCCGGCGAGCCUGUCGCGGCUGUCGCGCCUCAAGCAGCUCUACCUCGAGGGCAGCAUGCUCGCCGGCGGCGUCCCCGGCAGCGUCCUCAGCGGCAUGGCCUCCCUCCAGUACCUGUCGCUCGCCGGAAACCGGUUCGAGGGGAAGCUGCCGCCGGAGCUCGGGUCACUCCCGGGGCUGGUGCAGAUCAACCUCGCCGGGAAUCGGCUCUCCGGCGAGGUGCCGCCGAGCUACAAGAAUCUCUCCAGGUUGGCGUAUCUCGACCUGAGCAACAACCUCCUCUCCGGUGCAAUUCCGGCGUUCUUUGGGCAGCAGCUCAAGAGCCUGGCCAUGCUUGACCUCAGCAACAACGGCUUCUCCGGCGAGAUUCCGGCGUCGCUGUGCGGCCUACGCAACCUCACUGAUCUCUCCCUGCGCCAUAACAAGCUCACCGGCGUGAUCCCUUCUCAGAUCGGCAGCAUUUCUUCUCUGAAUUCUCUCUCCAUUGACAGCAAUCUGCUCGUAGGCUCGAUCCCAGAGUCACUGUUUGGUCUGCAGAAGCUGUGGAACCUGAACCUGUCAAGAAACGGGUUGUCAGGUUCACUUCCUCCCGGAAUCCGCCAUGGAUUGCCGUCUCUCGUGUCCAUGGACCUCUCUCACAACCAUCUCGUCGGCGGCAUUGAUCACUUCUUCAGAAGCAUAUCACCAGCAAGGAGGCUGACCAAGAAUGCAAGCUCAGACAUGUCAGUGAUCUUUCUUCCUCGGCAACUACAACACCUGGACCUGUCCAAGAACAGUAUCACCGGAGCCUUGCCGGAGUUCGGCGCCGGCGCGAGCUUGAGGUGGCUGGACGUGUCGGGCAAUGCCAUCGGCGGCCAGAUACCAAGCUCGGUGUGGAGGCUGGUCGGGCUCCAGAGGCUGGACAUCUCCCGGAACAAGAUCAGGGGCACCAUCCCGGCAUCCGUGGCGUCGAUGGCGAGCCUCCGGUGGCUGGACAUCUCCGGCAACGCGCUCGUCGGGAGGAUACCGGACAGCUUCGCCCGGAUGGCGAGGCUCCGGCACGCGAGCUUCCGGGGCAACAAGCUGUGCGGCAAGAUACCGCAGGCCAGGCCGUUCAACCUGCUCCCCGCCGCCGCGUACGCCGGCAACCUGUGCCUCUGCGGCAAGCCGCUGCCGCCGUGCAGGCAGAUUUGACCGGCGCCGCCGUGCGUGGCAGUGAUUGCUGCUUCGCCAUGGGUGACAUAUAUGGUGCAUUUCGAUCGGUACAGCACAAGACUACUUUGUGUGAGAUGUUUUACGAGGUUUAGAGAAAUAGAGUAGUAGUGCAUUGUCUGAUUUGUAAUAUCUCCUGAUCAUAUACUUUGUAAAUCGGGAAGUUACACAAAUCUAGUUUAGGGUAGAGGAGGAUGAUAAAUGUUGUGGUCGCACUGUAAAAUGAUGACGUGGAAGUCGGUAUUGGGCACUGUAGCUGCGUACUAAUUUCGUUUCUGUCAUACGUAUCUAAUUGAGUUUUAAUGUUUUAUCAAGGAACUACCUAUAUAUAUUGAUCAAAGGAGAAAGACCUGAAACCAGGUGUGCCAUAGUUGAGGUAGGCAGCAUAGACUUUUAAUUUGUAGACCGGCCCAUUAAGACCUUACUUGGAUAGACCCAUACCAACGGGGCGGCUAAAGGUGUUCUUUUUGGGAGUGAGUUUAUACUGAAAUUGCUUCAGUUGGGGCAUGCCAGACGAACAAAUUCGCCAUCUUUAUUGCCAUUUUCAAAGAAAUUCAUCGCGUAUGCAUUUUCAUAUAUACAUCGGUGCUCAUACAUUAAACCUAAUCUGAGUAGCAGAGCUUCCAAAAACGGAUGGAUUCACAGAAACUAGUAUUGGUAAAAAUGUAAAAAUACACGCCUCUACCACCUGCUAAUCUCAACUCAACGGAUGGAUUCACAGAAAUGGAGAUGGAUCAACGCCUCUACAAAGCUCGAUCAGACCUUGAGCUUGAAGCUGCAGCUGUUGGAGCGGAUGCGGAUCUGCCUGCCGGCGACGAGGUUGUCGACGACGAGGUUGCAGGUCGCCUUCCCGGUCAUCUUCCACAGCUUGAUGGCGCCGAACUUGAUGCGGAUCGGCACGCGCGCCCACACCGUGAGCGGCACGAACCCGGCCUGCUGCUGCCGCGCCAGCUGCAGCGCCACGGCGCUGUCCAGCCGCGUCUCGCCGGCGAGCAGGAUGACGGGGCGCACCGUGCUCCGGUGGCCCUGGUACAGCGCCGGGAACCC